UCAGGGUCCACGAUGGUUGACUACGAUGCAAGAGCCGGUUCAAAUAAUUUGUUUUAGAAUUGAGUUCGUUUUGGGUUUGAUCGAUCCUGUUUGUUCUUUUAUACUUCUGAUUUGUUAGUUGUAACAUCCGCUGCUUGGAUCUCAGGGGAUCCAAAAUGCCAAAACAAGUCAAGGAUAUCAAGGAGUUUCUCCUUCUUGCACGCCGCUCCGAUGCCAAAGUGGUCAAGAUAAAAAAAAACAAGAGCAACGUCAAAUUCAAGAUACGAUGCAGUCGAUUUUUGUAUACUUUGGUGCUGGAGGAUAAAGAAAAAGCCGAAAAACUGAGAGGAUCCCUUCCCCCAGGUGUUCAAGUUAAAGACGUUGGAGUUAAGGAACCGACAAAAUCGAAGAAAUAAAUUUUUGGAGAUUUUUUUUCCUUGUGAUGCGUAAAAUAACGAUUGAUGUCGGGAAGGUGCCCAAAAGUGAACUCACGGUUUUGCGAUUGAAGAACGGACGAAAACAAAAUAAAGAUCUUUUAACCUACCAGAAA